UUAUCAGUUGUCUGCCGCAAUUUUGAGUAAUUUUUGAACCAUUUUUUGACAUUUGAUGAAUAUUUUUCGGCGUAAAAAUUUUAAAUGGUUUAAUUUAAAUUUAAAUUUAUCAUUAUUCGAGAUAAUUAUAUCCAUUCUACGACCUGAUAUCCAUCACUUGACAAUCCUCCGUUGCUAUCCGUUCGAAAUGUGAUUUGGAAGUUGAACAUUUCCAUAACAACAACAUCGUGUUUAUUUCGAAUUUUACCAACGAAUAUUCUAUAUUAAUUCGGUUUUAAAUAUCAUGGCAGAAGUAAAAUGGUUAGACUUGAUCAGGAAUUCUGAGAAGACAGCUCUACUAGGAAGCAACUUGAAAAAAAUCCACUAUAAAUUACCCGAUGGUCGAGAAAUGGUCGAAGAGUACAAUUUAGAAACUGGCGUCCUUAGUAAACGAGCUUGGAAGACGAACUCUACGAUAUAUAAAACUGUAAAAUGGCAAGUCGAAGUUGGCGAUCCUCUUUCUGAAAAAGUAGACGAAAAUAUCGACCAGAUUGGAAUCAAAGAAAGCCAGAAUUCGCCUUUCGUUGUACAUCGAAUUACUAAAACUAAACUCGAAUGGAGGAUUCGUAAUUUACCAUAUGAUCUAAGUGUUUAUCAAGUGAGCGUUGACGCGAAGGAGAAAGUGAUCGUUGUUAGAACUAGCAAUAAGAAAUAUUUCAAGAAAAUACCGUUGUUGGAAUAUCAAAGGCUGGACCUGAUUCCGAAAGAUGAUACGUUGAAAUUUUCUCACGCUCAUAAUACUUUGAUCAUCAGUUUAGAUAAACCAGCAGAAUACCUCGCUUAUGAGAAAAAGAUGCAAGAAGAACUGAGUAACGUCAAAGUUAUCGAUAAUGCAGAUAUCGAUUGUAAACAAAGCUGAUGUAAAACAAGACCAGCAGAUUUUUGUAACAUUUUAUUACGUUAAAGAUCACAGAUGUCUUUUUUAUUAAUUAUAAUUAAUAUAUUUUUACAUUUUGUUUCAAA